GGGCGGGAUGCGGGCUCCGCCGGCCGCCGGGGCGAGCCAUCCCCGCAUCCCGUACUGACGGCUCCCCCGCCGCCCGCUCCCUGCUCUGGGGCUCGGCCGGGAGCCGGCGGCUCCCCGGGGCCGCGCAGCCCAUGGCCAGCUCCGCGCAGCCCCCGGCGGCCGCGGGGGACGGCGGCCCCGACGGCGGAUCGCUGGACGGGGGCGGCGAGGCCUUCGGGGACCGCUCCCUCAGCCAGGGCCUGAGCGUGCUGGUGGGGCUGGGGCUCUGCGUGACCAUGCUGGGGCUGGGCUGCGCUGUGGAGCUGGGGCAGCUGGGGCAGCAGCUGCGGCGGCCCGUAGGGCUGCUGCUGGCGCUGCUGGGGCAAUUCGUGGCUAUGCCGCUGCUGGCCUUCCUCCUCGCCCUCAUCUUCGCCUUGGACGAAGUGGCGGCCGUGGCCGUGCUGCUGUGCGGCUGCUGCCCCGGCGGCAACCUCUCCAACCUCAUGUCGGUGCUCGUCGACGGGGAUAUGAAUCUCAGCAUUAUCAUGACGGCCUCCUCCACGCUGCUGGCCCUUUUCCUGAUGCCCCUCUGCCUCUGGAUCUACAGCCGCCACUGGAUCAACACGGCCGUAGUGCGGCUGCUGCCCCUGGGGGCGGUGAGCCUGACGCUGGGCAGCACCCUGCUGCCCAUCGGCCUGGGGGUGCUCAUCCGGUACCGGCACCCCCGCGCCGCCGACCUCCUGGUCAAGAUUUCCCUGUGGUCUCUCUUGGUGACUCUGGUGAUCCUGUUUAUCCUGACUGGGACCAUGCUGGGCCCAGAUCUGUUGGCACACAUUCCAGCAUCUGUCUACGCCAUUGCAGUGCUGAUGCCUCUAGCAGGGUACGCCUUGGGAUAUGGCUUAGCCACGGUCUUUAAAAUGCCCCCACACUGCAGGAGAACAGUGUCUUUGGAAACAGGAUGCCAAAACGUCCAGCUCUGCACCGCCAUCCUAAAACUCACCUUCCCUCCGGAUCUCAUAGGGGGCAUGUACAUGUUUCCCUUGCUUUACGCGCUUUUUCAGUCGGCAGAAGCGGGACUCUUUGUGCUGGUAUACAAGAUGUAUGGAAGAGACAGCUACAAGCAAGAUACACUCGGAGAAGAGGAAGACACAGAUAUUUCCUACAAGAAACUGAAGGAAGAAGAGGUAGCCGAUACUUCAUAUGGCACAGUGACAACAGAGGAGCACAACUCCAUUCAGAUGGAGCCAACGCAGACAUCGCUUUAGACGAGACAAAGAGGUGACUCCCUGGGAUGUGAAUGUGUGUUGUGCUUGCAACCCAGCUGGGGCUGCAGAGCUGCCCAGCCUCCAUCGUUUCUCCAGCUGCUUCCAUUGUACAAGGUGAUGUGUGUUUAUUACCAUGACAGUUCUACUUCUUCAAAAAAUAAAUGGGGUGGGGGGAAGGUAAAAAGUAUCAUUGUGAUGCAGACCAGUAACUGUAAAACUUCAUGCAAGGAGGCUGCUGCCCGGCUGAGUGCAGCAGGAAUGGGUAGGAAGAAGGAGACAGCGUUUUACAGAGGCAAAGCCAACUCGGUGCCAGUAGGGAUGAAGGGAAAAACCACCUCGCGCGUGUAUCUCUGUGCCUCCGACCUGCUGUAAAAGCAUUGUGCUCGUUGUUCUCACCACAAAUACAUGGCGAAGCCGAACCAAA